CUGAGGAGCUUCUGCUCACAGAUCCGAGGAGCUCCACGCCGGUGGGGGAAAAAAAGUUUUUAGACCUCCAAUCAGUCCGGACGAGCCGAAGGAGGGAGAAGAAGCAGAGAUGGCGACUCAGGCGGAGCAGCUGCCCCACCUGCACCUGGCGGAGCUCACAGCUGCGCAGUUCAUCGAUAUCUGGAAACACUUUGACGCAGACGGCAACGGGUACAUCGAAGGGAAGGAGCUGGAGAACUUCUUCACAGAGCUGGAGACUGCUAGACGAGGAGCAGGAGUGGAUCCCUCACAUGCUUCGUUUAAAGAAAAGUUGAAGGAGUUCAUGGCCAACUUUGACAAGAACUCUGAUGGCAUAAUCGAGAUGUCUGAGUUGGCCCAGAUUCUGCCUGCAGAAGAAAACUUCCUGCUCUGUUUCAGAGAGUUUGUUAGAUCCAGUUCUGAAUUUAUGGAUGCCUGGAGGAGGUACGACACAGAUCGUAGUGGAUACAUUGAGUCCAAUGAGCUGAAGGGUUUCCUGUCAGACCUGCUGAAGAAGUCAAACAGAAACUACGACGAUAAGAAGCUGAACGAGUACACAAAAACAAUCCUCAGGAUGUUUGACCUAAAUGGUGACGGUAAGCUGGGCCUCUCUGAGAUGGCGAGGCUUUUGCCCGUCCAGGAGAAUUUCCUGCUCAAAUUUCAGGGCAUCAGACUCACCGUUAAGGAAUUCGACUCUCUCUUCACUUUCUACGAUAAGGACGGUAACGGCUACAUAGAUGAGCAGGAGCUGGAUGCUUUGCUGAAGGACCUCUGUGACAAGAACAAAAUGGACGUGGACUCCACCGGCCUGGUGGACUACAAGAAGAGCAUCAUGGCUCUGGCCGACGGAGGGAAACUGUACCGGACCGAGAUGGAGAUUGUCCUCUGUCGGGACUCCACGCUGUGACCUUCCUGGCUGGGACCAUUUCAUCCUCCUGCACUGCUUCCUUCCUUCCUUCCCUCCUUCCUUGYUUCCUUUCUUCAUUCCUGGUGCAUGUGUGACCCCGUCCUCCUCACUACACCACUUAGAGUGAAGACAAAAGUGCUCCUGAAAGCACAAAGUAAACGCUGGCCCUGCUGAUUUAGCUAUACCCUUCUGAAUUUUUCAUUUUUUUAAAACCUGCAAGACAACAACAAGAAGAAAAUAUUGUGUUUUUAUUUAUUUUAAAUCUUGUUUUAAAUAUGCAUUUGUAUUUUUAACUUAUAUAUUCUCUCCCUCUAGAUUUAUGAUGAAUAAUUCUGAUUUGUAGCAUCGCUUUAAUUAAUUUAUUUCAACCUAAUUUAUUUAUUAUGAGCUUGUUUCAUUUGAUGAGGCUUGUACUGUUCAAAUAAAGAUAUUACCAAGAGAAUGAAUAAACAUGUUAUGACAACCAUUGA